AUGAUUUUCGAUCGAAUUUGGGACCCGAUCCGCAGAGUUUUUGGGGGACAACGUCAACGAGUCAAUGUCUACCCAGAACAAGAAUUAUACAAUACUGAAAGACAAGCUUUCAUGGCCUUGUAUUCAUUGUACCAGUCAACUGUCAAUGAUCUUCGUGGACACCGUAACCCAGCAGCAAAGGAAACCAUCAAAAACUUCGAUGACGAGGCCUAUCCAAUAAUUUUCGCCGGAUUCGCACGCACAUACAAUUAUGAGGAAAUGCUGAAUCUUCGUAUCGCUCUACAGAACAUAGUCAUUCGCAUCGGGAUCAAAGUGCGCGAGAUUGAUCUCAUUCUUGGUGUGAACGAUAUGAAUGCCCUCCGUCGUUUGCUCGGUCCGGCUCCGUAUGAUCCAGAGAGGGAAUUGAGAGGACAGGUGGCUGAGGAGUUGAAGAAGGGAAGAAAUGGAAUCAACGAUCUUUCUGGAUUGGUCUUCCGUCAGCCAUUAGCUUACCAGAAGCGUAGAAAGGAUCGGUGUUCCGCUUUGGCGGCCAUCGUUGAAAGCAACGGAAAUCAAUCAGAUCUGACUCUCAGUACCCGCCACGAUGAUCUCAAGACUGUCAACGCUGACAUCGAAUUCUUCAAAGCUCGCAUGGAAAGCGACAAGAUUGGCUACAUCGCGGCGUGGAGACAAGCAUGGAGAAAGUAUUGGAUUCGCAGAGCAGUGCGCAUCGAACGGGAGCGUCGCAGAAGAGAGUGGGAGCUCAUCGAGAACGGCGUGACUCCAGUCGACCAAAUCAAGUUCUAUUACUAA